GAAAUUGCUUCAUCAAGCAGGCAAGAGUAUGUGCAGUCGUAUUAGCCUCCCUCGAGAUAUAUUGGAUCUCUACCUUCCGUUGUCUUCCACACAAUUCAAUAAUUAUUGUAGUUAAGUCUCUAUUCAGUUGAACUUGAAAUCUACCUUGAAUAGAUUCAAUAGCAAGAACACAAUCUAUUUCUACGAUGAUGUUUUUCCAUUUUGCCUUCUAUGCAUAUUAGAGACCAUCAUAAAUAACCCAUAACUCGACUUACUCAAUGUUACAUCUCCCAAUAUUUCUUCCAACUCUCAACUCCAAAUCCUCAUAUAUAAAUAUCUUCUUAGAAACAUCUUAUUAUUAUCUUAUUUCCCACUUUGUACACCUUGAAAUUGGGUGCUUUGAAGGCUUGUUUAGCCCAAAGGUGAAAAAAACAACGAGUCGAAGUCCAAACCAAGGUUUGAAGCUCAACUCAACAAGUACAACACCAGCUAGAGGGUCACAGAGCAUGUCGGUUUCUCCCCCGGAAAUAUCGCCAGAAAACUCGUGCUUGUCUUCGGAACCCGGAGAUGAAAAGGAGGCGGCGUCGGUGGUGACGAUGCGGAACCGUCCUGAAGUAACGACGAUGCUGCUAGUGGGAUGUCCUCGUUGUCUCAUAUAUGUUAUGUUAUCCAAAGUUGAACCUAAAUGCCCUCAAUGUAAGAGCACUGUCUUGCUUGAUUUUCUUGAUGAAGAGACUGCUAAAUGGGCAAGCACUUGAAUGAAGGGAACUUCCUGGGGUUUUCGUUUUUUUCCGGGAAUGCGGUACUGUAAGGGUUGCAGAUAUCGAAGGUCAAACUUAGUGAUUUUAUGGAAUGUGAAGUUGUUUAGUAUGAUUACGUGAACUAAUUGAAAUAAAUCCCGGAAUCUAUAUUAAUCUAUAUUAAUCUAUAUUACUGUAA